AACACAAAGUAGCCAUGGAAGUGGAACAGUUAUUAUCUCCAAGUGGUGGCUGUUCACCUACUUCAGAACAUCUUAAUCAGUUUUCAACGGACUGGGAAGACAAACCUUCGCUACAACAUUUGGCGGACAGUUCUCCUUCGGAAACAGAACAAGCAACAGGUGAAGAGUCCAACACUCUUACACAAGGUGGUAGACAACAACAACUUCCUAAAAGGAAAUCAAAGGCUUCCUCUGAAAGAGGAGUACGUGACGACCGAAGUCAACCAGGGAGACUCGUUUGUCGUUGGUCUUUGGUUUCCAAACCAGAAAAGAGUCUUCUAACCAACGCCGAUUUGUUGUAUAGUAGGACUCCAGAGACUCAUUUCAAGGCGGACGUUCCUGGAAAGUAUGUGUUACUUCUUACGGUGAAAGGACACGGAACAACCUAUACGGAAACAGUUACGUUCAUCGUGAAAGAUGUAGAACAAGGGGAGGAUGAGAUGUUGCAAGAACAGGAGACUGAUUCCAACUGUAUCUUGCUUCAACUUCAUUUUCCAGAAUCUGGCACUCAGGACCCUGAACUUGUAGAGCCUUCUUGUAAAGUGCCACGUCUAUUGGAGCAAGAGAAAGUUUCUGAGACUUCUUCCAACUUGUAAUCUUUCGUGUAACAGAAAACUUCCUUUUUAUUCUUGUCC